CGCGUAAGCUAAGAAAAUGUGUUGCACAGAGAACAAGCCGCAAGCCAAAGAGGAGAACUGAGACCACACCUCGGACUCACUCGGCAAGCCAUCGCGAGGAGAAUAAGCGACGUGGUUUGCGAUGGGAAACUCGACGUCCAAGAAGUCCGGCAUCAGUCGCCGCCACUCGUCAGGCACGCGCGAGCUUGAGAAGUUCACGCAGCCCACGGGUUUGUACCCGAGCUGUCCAUGGGAACUCAAGACAGCACGUCGGCUUAUCAUGGAGCGCAAACUAGCGCCGCGCUUCCUCGGCCAGGAGACCAAGGAGGACGGUUUCACGCUCGAGUGUCCGAUCUGCUUUAUGGUGAGUGAGGGCGAGGGGAACUCUCACUCGUUGAGGCUUGUGCACUGACUUGUUGUGCCGCUAUGCAGUUCUAUCCUGGCAACUUAAACACGUCGAGUUGUUGCAGUAAACCCAUUUGCAGCGAGUGUUACCUGCAGAUCCGUCCGCCUCAAAAGCCUAUUUGCUGCCCAUUUUGCAACCAUGAUGACUUCAGUGUCCGGUAUACACCUCCAUCUCCUGCAGAGCUGGCCACUAUCCGCUCUAUGAAGAACCUGAGGUCACCGCGUCGAAGCAGCGCCAUCGGCAUCCCCAAGCGCGCAGACUCGGAGCCUGCAACCUCGAGCACACAGAGCGUACAAUACGCCUCGGUGGAGGACCGCCACCGUAUCCGUGACUCGCUGCGCUCGCAGCUCAGCAUCAGUGACAAGCCCGUGACCAACAGUCCACACCCGAAUAGUGUCGCAGCGCUCAAUGACGCCGCGUCGCACAUCCUGGCGACUCCAGCGGACGCUGCUCGUCUAGAAGAGCUGAUGCUCUUGGAAGCCAUUCGACGGUCCAUGCAGGAUCUCCGCGUCGGAAAGGACGACGACGAGAGAGGUGGAUCCCAGAGCAGCCAGCAUCCUACACGCGGCAGUGGAGAGGACGACGACAGCGACAAUGACUACGCCGACGUGGCGCCGUUGAGCGCGUCCCAGAUCACGGUCAGCGCCUCGGGUGCUGUCCGCUAUUCUGUUGAAUCCAAUCAACACGUUGUGCGUAAUAGCGACACGGCCCCAUCGCGAUCGUCAACUGAGCAGAGCUGGAACCCGUUUGACACUUGAGAGCGGAAUUAAUGAGCGAAGUGCUUGUGCAGACAGACUGGGGCUGACGGACGGAAGGUGACGGCUUGGCUGUCGAAUAUGGACGUUGGUGACGUGUGUGUGGAUGCUGCGUGGUGCAUGGCGGCGGGGUUUGUUAGCUGCGAGAUGUAGGUCUAAGAAGAGCAAGAAGAAGAAGGGCGCAAACGAGUAACGAAUGGAAGGCGCUCGUUAAGUUAUUAUGCCAUGCUCAGUUUUAUAUAAGUCGAUUCUUUUUA